GCCAAAACAGUCAGUUGUGAAUGUUGUAGAAAAAGUGACAUACUAAUCGUUGAAAAAUUAAUACAGAAGUUGGAUUUAGAUAAACAUUUGCAAUAUUGGAUAUUUUUCAGAAUGGUAAUUUUUGUAACAGCGUUUUUAUAAAAAGUUUCGUUUGUGCUAUUUAAUGGGUUCAGUCGAAGUUGUGAAUUACAAAGACAAAAAUAAAAAUCCAAUGGAAAGAAAGGCUUCAACUUUAACAAAUUUGACAAACCUACUAUUAAAUGAGAACCAAAAAGGACAAAGUACCCGAAUAACCUUUCGAAAACCCCAUUACAUCAGAGCUGUAUCCAAAACAGGCGAAUGCAACAUAUACCCUUCCAGAGUACCAAAAAAGCACUUCAUCAAAGAUAUUUUCACUACUUUGGUCGAUCUGAAAUGGAGAUACACCCUUACUAUAUUCAUUUUUGGCUUCGUGAUUACUUGGACGUGCUUCGCCGUCUUGUGGUGGCUGAUAGCCUUCUAUCAUGGAGACCUUGAAGACAACCACCUUCCAAAGUACCAAAAAGCCUCCAAUUGGACUCCAUGCGUGACGGAUAUUUACGAUUUUACUUCGUGUUUCUUGUUUUCAGUGGAGACCCAGCAAACUACUGGGUAUGGCGAGAAAAGACCUACCGAAAAGUGCUCUGAUGCUGUGAUACUUAUGUGUAUUCAAAAUGUUGUCGGGUUGAUAGUAGACGCAAUUUUAGUUGGAGUAAUUUUCGCUAAAUUAGUUAGACCAAAGCACAGAGCGCAAACUAUCAAAUUCUCCAAACACGCUGUGAUAUCUAUGAGGGAAGAUGCCCUAUGUUUAAUAUUUAGAUUAGGAGAUAUGCGUAGCAAAAGUCGUAUACUAGAAGCCAAAAUAAAAGCACAAUUUAUAUCGGAAAAAGCAUCAAAAGAAGGCGAACAGUUUUCUAAGUACCUAACAAAGCUGAAUCUAUCUGCAGACGAUUGUGACAACGAUCUAUUCCUGAUCUGGCCAAUGAUGAUAGUCCAUAAAAUAACUCAACAUUCACCGCUAUAUCGUAUGACGAAAAAUGAUCUGGUAAAGCAACAUUUUGAAAUUGUGGUUAGUUUGGAAGGUACUAUUGAAAGUACUGAUCAAAAAACGCAAGCCAGAUCGAGUUAUUUAGCUAGUGAGAUACUUUGGGGACAUAGGUUCAAAUCUUUGAUGUCUGUAUGCGAAGAAAAGUCUGGUUAUACCGUUAACUAUUCGAAAUUCGAUGAAACCUUCGAAGUUGAUACUCCAGAAUGUUCUGCUGCUGAAAUUAGUAAUUAUAAUGUAUUCAAUGAAAAUAAAAAUUAAGUUUAUAAGACUUAAAACAAGUACAGUCCUGUUGAGGGUUGAAAAUUCCUUAAAUAACCCUAAAGGAAAAAAUAAAGCGGCAUCAAGUCUGGUGAAAGAAUGAAACCUCUGUUUUCAAUCCAUACGGAGAAUAUAUUUAUUAAAUGCCCCCGUAUAUGUUAUUUGUAAAAAAAUAUGGUUUCAAAUUCCAAAGGUGUCUUGGAGAAGACAAUGGAUUGGAACUUCAAUAUUUAUUGUAUACUUAUAUAUAGAAUUGAACUGGAUUUAUUUAUAUAUAACAAAGAAGAUGUAUUACCUACUUUCAUAGAUUUACUAAAUUUAUAAAUAAUGAACAAAGAAAUAUGUUAUUUAUUAAAUAAUGAAGUAUAUAAACUGCAG